AUGUCUACAUUCUUUAGUUCUUCCAGCUCGCCCAAAGACACAGGCACCGAAUCGCCUGCUGAUCUGAAUAAGGGUGACACUACAACAUCUGCCGCUCCUACGCUCGCUUCUCAUAAUGCCUUGCCAUCCGAUAUGGAGGCCCAGUCCCAGAGAGAAAAGUCUCCCAAGCCAUCCAGCGAGAAAGAGAGCACCCUCGUCAAUGAGCCAAUUCGGGAUUCAGCCGUUUCUGAGGAUACCAACAAAGAGACGACCCGAGACAAUCAACCGCCAGAGGUAAUUCCUAAUGAGGACUCGAAUAAAGAGCCUGUUGUGAAGAAUGAUACCGAGAAAGAGGCUGCCAAGGAAGAAGACAAGAAUUCGAGUGAUGACGAUGCAGAGAAUACAGCCAAAGAGCCUGAGCCAGAAUACCCGACGGCAUUCAAACUGCUCCUCAUUACAAUUGCCUUGUGUCUCUGCGUGUUUUGUGUGGCAUUGGACAACACAAUCAUUGCAACAGCUAUUCCAAAAAUCACCGAUCAAUUCAACUCACUCGAUGAUGUUGGUUGGUAUGGAAGUGCCUACUUGCUCACCACUUGCUCCGUCACCCUGAUGUUUGGCAAAUUCUACACCUUCUACUCCAUCAAAUGGAUCUACUUAAUCGCCCUUUCCAUCUUCGAGAUCGGCUCGCUGGUCUGCGCCGUCACCCCGAACUCGGUCGGUCUUAUCUGCGGCCGUGCUAUUGCUGGUCUGGGUGCUGCGGGUUUGUUCUCGGGUUCGAUCUUGAUUAUCACUCAGAGUGUCCCGCUGGUUAAGAGACCUAUGUAUACGGGUCUUGUGGGUUCGAUGUUUGGAAUUGCUAGCGUUGCGGGCCCACUUAUGGGAGGUGCUUUCACAGACAGACUCACCUGGCGUUGGUGCUUCUAUAUCAACCUGCCCAUUGGCGCGGUUACUUUCUUUUUCAUUCUAUUCUUCUUUAAGAACCCCAAGUCGCUCAAGGAUGCCAAGGGAUGGAAGGAGCAGCUGGCUGAAAUCGACCUCCUCGGCUCAUUCUUCUUCUUGCCCGCCAUCAUCAGUCUGCUGCUUGCCCUGCAGUGGGGUGGUACCAAGUAUCCCUGGAGCAGUGGACGCAUCAUUGCUCUGUUCGUGGUCUUUGGCGUAUUGAUUAUCAUUUUCAUCGGUGUGCAAUGGUGGGGUCAAGAACGUGCUACCGUUCCCCCGAGAUUGAUCAAGAACCGCAAUGUCUGGGGUUCAGCCUGGUAUGCGCUGGCUAUUGGUGCGGCGUACUUUGUUUUGGUCUACUAUCUUCCCAUCUGGUUCCAAGCUAUCAAGGGCGCCUCGGCCGUGAAGUCGGGUAUAAUGAACCUCCCCAUGAUCAUCACUGUCGUGCUCGUCUCAAUUCUGGCUGGCGGUCUCGUCACGGCCUGCGGCUACUACACUCCUUUCAUGAUCGCCUCGUCCAUCAUCAUGACCAUUGGCGCUGGCCUGCUGUCCACCCUAGAGGUGGACUCGGGUCACCCAAAGUGGAUCGGCUACCAGGCACUCUUCGGUAUCGGCCUAGGCCUGGGCAUGCAGCAACCCAUGAUCGUGGCACAGACUGCUCUCAGCGCCGGCGAUGUCCCAAGUGGAACCGCCAUCGUGAUGUUCGCUCAAACUCUGGGUGGCUCGAUCUUUAUCUCCGUUGCCCAGAACAUCUUCCAGAACCAGCUGGUCACAAACAUUCGCGCCGACGCGCCAACUGCCAAUGCCGCCGAGCUUGUGGCAGCUGGUGCGACGAUGCUGCGGACUGUUGUUUCGGGACCCGUUCUGGAGCGUGUUUUGGUCGCUUACAAUGAUGCCAUCACGCAGACGUUCUAUGUGGCCGUCGCUAUGGGUGCUUUGUCUCUCAUUGGACCUAUCUUUGUCGAGUGGCUCUCCGUUAAGGGGAAGAAGGUUGAGAUGGCUGCGGUUUGA